AUGACCGACUCCCCAACACAAGCGCCGUCCUCAUCUCUGUCCUGGGCAGACACCAAACUACCUCCUCCGUCCGAAUUUGGCCCCUUCAGUGGUGACGAAGAGGCUGGCCGAUGGAUUUCACGUUUGAAGUGGGCGUUCAAGGCUGUGAAUGCUGGCAACCCACAUCCUGCCUGCCUAAUCCAAGCUAUCUACGCCUUCUCCAAAGGACCUCCAGCUGUAUUUCUCAACAGCAACACAAAUCUGUCCGGCAUACUCCUUCGCGCGGAAAACGGACAGGCCACUGCCAAUGAUCUUGAUUUGGUCACCACUGCCCUUCGAGAGCGAUACCCCGAACAGGUCGUGGACGAUGACCUGGAAGAAGAUUUGACAACACCCCAAUCGUCUGGUGAAGCCCUGACCGCCUACUACACUCGCUUCCAGGCUGGAUUGAAGCGUGCCGGUGGACGUGAUAAGUCUGUUGGCACCAGUAACCUUUCCCAAAUCGAGAUCUAUACCCUACGGACAUUUGUCGAGAAGUUUGUCAACGGACUUGAGAAUCCUGUCCUUAAAGCCGAGGCUGUCAAUCAAUCUGCCCUUUCUGCAGAUGGCCUGAGAGGUGCCCUGGAUAUUGUGAAGCGGUCACAGGAGAUUAUCGCUGCUCGAGAGCGUAUGAUCAAGGUAGCUGCCAGAGAGGCACGAUCCACCAUGCUUGAACACUACAUCGAGAAACAUCUGGGCAUGACCCCUGAGGAGAUCUUGUCCAAAACCUACGGCGUUGACCCCGAACUGUACAAGUCAGAGAAGUCUGAUGCUGGCCCAUCUACACCCGUUCAUGCAAUGUACGCUUUGCUCGACAAGAGCAAGAUUCCCUUUGCCCCUAGUCAAAUCCCUUCCCCUUUACCAGUACAGGCUGACCACGUCCACUACUCACAAGACCAGAGAAAUGGCCCCGCUACACAGUUCAACCAAUAUGCCCUUCCUGCCCCUCCUGCUCAAAAUCCCUCAAAUGAGUCAUAUCAUCAGUCAAAUGGCUAUGGCCGUGGCCAGGACAACUGGCGAGGUAACAGACAGGGAUAUGACAGAGGGUCGUAUAAUCGAGGUGGUUAUCAAGGAUCUUCAGGCAACCGAUAUGACAACCGAUCCAACAAUCGAUCGACCGGUGAUCAAACACCAUAUAACAACCAGACCUCUGGUCAGGAUGUCCGGACCAGUCAGAAUUACCAGAACAAUCAGUCUGCCCAACACCGACAAGGCAAUCAAAGUGGUCGAGGUGAACAGUCCGGAGGACCGUCCACAGCCCAAAAACGAGUCCACUGGGACCAGCAGAGAUCAGACCUGCCAACACUUCCCCCGCGAGAGUCGUCUGGCAAUCCCUAUGUCAAUGGUUCACUGGAAUUUAAACAGGGAACAAUCCUAUGUAUCAAAUGCGGUCUGGAAGGGCACAUCAGCCCAGCCUGUGGACAAGCCCCUUUGCAGCGAUGGGAACAGUCAUAUCUCAAAGCCCUUAUUUACCCGGACAAGCAUGCUAAUUCGACUGGCCGCGGACCACCACCAUCAGGAGGCUUGGACGUUCAAUCUGCCCAGCUACAUUUUGUCAGCAUGCCCAUCAUCGAAGAACAGGUAGAUGAGGAAAUUGUAUCCCCUACUGUCACAAGCAACAGUGUCCAGUUUGUUGUCGCUCGAGAGGACGGUGUGGGCAAGACACCUGAACCGGUCAAUAUUAAUUCUCUUGUUGGAGCUGAAUUGAAGAAGCUUCUCACCGAUGAUCCGUCAGCCAGUGAUGAUGUCAACCGCUGUCUGACCAAACUGCGUAUCCUUUCGUCAGAACUUGGUCCACGCAAGAGAAGACGUGGCGCUGGUGGACAGCCACUUAUUGAACCUUUGUUGGACCCGGAAUCUUCUCCUUCCCCGGCUGUCGCAAUCCCUACUGAUCCAAUUGAGAGCAAUGACCACGCUGCAGGGCCUUCAAACACAGCCAAGACCAAGAAGAGUCGCUCCAAGGGAAAGAAGCCUGCUAAGCCUGUUGCUAGGCCCCCGGACUCCGCACUGAUUCGAGGACGUGAGAACCUGGGUCCAAUUGACUGGACUACAUUGGCAAGAGACACGAAGGUCCCAAUCUCUCUGCUUGACCUCAUGCAAGCCAGCCCAGAAGCUACCAGACAACUUCGGUAUCUCGGUACUCGGGGACGACAAGCUGUGCGACAGGCAGCUGUAGACAUGCUCCCGCUUACAAACCAAUUCUCAAUGAAUGGAUCAAAUUGUCAACCCAAAUCCUUCCAAUUUGACGUGACCAUUGGAUUCGGAAAGGGCGGCAAGAACAAAUUCACUCUGACCGCAGAGGAAGUUCAAGGUGACCAAGGCUCAGACUGCAACAUAGUCGAUUUUUCACUGGUAAGGGAACACGAGAUUCCUGUACGAGACUUGUCGGAGGUCAAUUUCCAUGGAUUACACAUGAUCACAGCCGAUCACAACAUGACGCCAGUCACCCAAUUCAUACAAAUGGUCGUUACCUGUCAGGGUAUUGUACGAGAACAACUGGCCAUCGUCAGGCCUGUCCUGCGGAACAGACAUCCUCUCAAAAACUCUAAUCGCCUCCUGCUGGGCCUUCCCUGGUUAUGGGAUGUCAACGCUUUUUUCGACAUUCGAGGUUCCUGCUUGACCAUCGGCGAUGCCAGUCUCGGAGAGAAACCUGUGGUCCUUCGAGGACCAGCCAUGUCCCUGGGCCCGGAACAGCGAUUGAUGCUCGCCCUAGCUGAUGAUGUGGAAAGCGACAGCUCAAGUGAUGAGAGCGCAGACUAUACCGACUCAGAUGUCAGCUCGUCAAACUAG